AUGGGGGAUUACGGGUUCGGUUUACUAGUGCAGACCAAUAAUACCAACAGCAAGAUAGCUUUUCCAGUCAGAUACCACCACCACCAUCAUCACCAAUCACAACAACAGAGCGUCUCCGCUGCCGCCGGCUCGCCUUGGUUUUUCCCUGCCCCGUCUCCCCAGACCAUGCAGGAUGAGCUGCUGCUGUCGGAGAAACCCAAAUCCCCACAGCAGCAGCACUCUCCCCGACUCGAUCAAACCGCUCCUCCUGAUCUAGUCCUCCUGCCCGACUCUCCCCAACCCGAGGAAGACAAUCCGAGCGGCGGCGACAGCAGCAAGGAGAAGCUGAGGAUGGAGUCGCCCAUCCUGCCGGCUUUCGACUAUCACGAGCCGCCGCCGCCUUCUUCAUCGUCCUCCUCGUCCUCCUCAUCGGGGCUCGGAGGAGCGGGCACGGCCGGGACGCCCUCCCUCACCUCUUCCUCCUCCUCUUCCUCUUCUUCCUCCUCCACCUCCUCCUUGACCGGUUUCAGCAACUGGUCAGCAGCGAUGACUCCUCCUACUGUCGGCGAGGACAACUUCUUUCACCAGGGAGUCCCUGCUCCUUCCGCCAACGGGGCUCUGCUCUUCCAAAACUUCCCUCACCACGUCAGCCCGGGCUUCGGGGGCAGCUUCUCGCCUCAGAUGGCCCUCUCCCAGCAUCACCAUGCCCCCCACCACCCACACCACCACCACCCUCCGCCGCCUCCACCACCGCCACCGCCUCCACCUCCUCACCAGCAGCCGCCCCAGCAACAGCAGCACAGGAGGUCUCCUGCCAGCCCGCAUCCCGCUCCGUUUCCGCACAGAAACGCUUUCAAUCAGUUGCCUCACUUGGCCAACAGCAUCAGCAAGCCCCCCUCCCCGUGGAACAGCUACCAAAGCUCGUCGCCCACAUCGUCCUCUUCGUCGUCCUGGAGCUCCAGUGGUGGGAUCGGUGUUUGGGGUGGAACCCAAGGGAGAGAUCACCGCCGAGGGAUGACUGGUGGGAUGGCAGGCCUCAGCUCCAUCUCCCCAAUGAAGAAGCCUUUCCCCGGCAACCACAUCCCACCACACAAAUACUCGAGAUCCAGCUCGGCUUUCCCACCAAAGCCUUGGAUGGAAGAUAACAUGUUGAGGAGUGAUAAUAUUUUACCGUUUCAGGAUCGAAAUAGAUUAUAUGAUACUUUAAACAUGCAUUCACUGGAGAGUUCACUAAUUGACAUCAUGAGAGCGGAACAAGACCCAUUAAAAGGUCGUCUAAACUACGCACAUCCAGGAUCAGAGAGUCCUCUUUCUAUUAAUGCGAGGACAUAUGGGCGAAGGCGAGGUCAUUCUUCACUCUUCCCUGUUGAAGAUGGGUUCCUUGAUGAUGGACGUGGUGAUCAAACACUUCAUAGUGGCAUAAGUUCUCCUCAUUGUUUUCCUCAUCAAAAUGGUGAACGAGUGGAGCGAUAUUCCCGUAAAGUGUUUGUUGGUGGCUUGCCACCUGAUAUUGAUGAAGAUGAAAUCACAGCUAGCUUUCGUCGUUUUGGUUCUCUGGUUGUUGACUGGCCUCAUAAAGCAGAAAGCAAGUCAUACUUUCCACCAAAAGGCUAUGCAUUUCUGCUGUUUCAGGAGGAAGGUUCUGUGCAAGCUUUAAUUGAUGCUUGCAUUGAAGAGGAUGGAAAGUUAUACCUCUGUGUAUCAAGUCCAACCAUCAAGGAUAAACCAGUUCAAAUACGACCAUGGAAUCUCAACGAUAGUGAUUUUGUAAUGGAUGGUUCUCAGCCACUUGAUCCACGGAAAACCAUUUUUGUAGGUGGUGUCCCCAGGCCUCUAAGAGCCGUUCUGUUUUCAUGUUUUUUAAAAAGAAGACAUUUUGAUGCUGAUCAGAGAACAUCAACAGGUCUAGCAACAUCAGUUGUGUUGAAAGUGGAGCUGGCAAUGAUCAUGGAUAGGCUGUAUGGUGGAGUAUGCUAUGCUGGCAUUGACACUGAUCCUGAGCUGAAAUACCCAAAAGGUGCAGGGCGUGUGGCUUUUUCAAAUCAACAAAGCUAUAUUGCUGCUAUCAGUGCACGCUUUGUUCAGUUACAGCACGGAGACAUUGAUAAACGGGUGGAAGUCAAGCCAUAUGUCCUUGAUGAUCAGCUGUGUGAUGAAUGCCAGGGUACCCGUUGUGGUGGGAAAUUUGCUCCAUUCUUCUGUGCCAAUGUCACAUGUCUGCAGUAUUACUGUGAAUACUGCUGGGCUGCCAUACAUUCUCGUGCUGGGAGGGAGUUCCACAAGCCUCUUGUGAAAGAAGGAGGAGACCGUCCACGUCAAGUUCCUUUUCGUUGGAACUAAGAUAUUUAAACCUGAUUCUCGUGGCAAGAUAAGAGUGCUCUAUGGCUGCAGACACCAGAUUAGCUAGGAAACUAAAUAAGUGCAUUCUUCUACUGCCUCAUCCCAGAUUUCAAAAUGUAUGUCUCAAAUUUUCACUUCAAAACAAUUGGGUUAAACUCUAGUUUCGGUGUUUUUUAGAAACAUUUACUGAUUUGUGAUAACACUGGAUAUUUGAUCCUUAGCUUAAAGAAAUAAUACAGAUUCAGUCGAUGUACAUGAUUGAGAUUUCUGAGUCAUGUGCUUACACAGCUUGGUGCUGUACUUGAUAGGAAUGUCCUGUUGAGGAAACUGUGAUUGAGAACUAGUUUUAGUUGUAUAGACAGAAUCUAAACUUAAUGUGAAGUUAUACUGCAGCCCUUUUUUGUGUUUGGAUUUUCAAUUAAAUUAUAUCUAAAGUAGGGGAAUAGCACUAUGUAUUAUAUAAAACACUUGGAUUUGCCCUCCCACAAUAUGAAUUCCAAUUUCUUUUUCAAACUGUGUCAGUGUGCUUUUUAAAAGUUGUUUUUAACACACUACAGGCUUUACUAACAGGUAUGGGGUAAAAGCUUUUGGUGCUUCCCUAUCAAUUCACCACUACCCCAAAAUACGCAAUGUAAGAAAGGGGUUUAGAUUGCUGCUACGGUUGAAGUGUGCACUUAUUUCAGAAAUGAGAAACCACAAUUUGAAGAUCUGCCGCCCCUAUAAGUUUACCAAAGUUGUUCAGAUUGACACAAUGUAAUUGUAGAGAGGCAUUUUCCUUGCUGGAAGAGAUUUUAUACCUUUAUUUUUUUGAUGUUGCUAUUUACAAAGUCGACUUGAUCUACUAAUAUAUUGUCACGUGUCAGCUUUUGCUCUCCAUUUUGACACACAAAAAGUAAUACCUCAAUUGUAGCCUUGAUUUAUAUUUUUUUAUUUUUAGUGAUGCUGUUUAAUUGCAAGAGACAAUAGGAGCCUUGCUGCUGUUUAGAUGGUAUGACAAAUACCAUUUCUUUCCCAGUAAAAUGGGAAUUAGAAGUAACAAAGAAAAAGGCUACAAUGCAACACAACUAGAUGUAGCACAGGCUAUGGCUUCAGCUGCCUAAGAUUUUUUUAAUUUUAUUUUUUAUGUGGAAUAGUAUGAAUGAUUGAAUGUUUACUAGUACACCUGUUUUGCAUGCACUAUAUAUUCAUACAUUUUCCCAUUAUCUACAGUACUUAUUCUGCCUAAAAAUCUUUGUUUAUAAAGUUACAUUUUGAAAAUGUAAAUGGCAUACAACAAAGAAAACACUGAACACUGUUUGAGUGCCAAGGUGCAUGUUUGUAUUACUAUAGGUUAGCAUGUGGUGUCAUGACACUCUUAAGUGUAUACUAUGCAGGUUGGCUUUAAGUGGUACUGCGCCCUUGCAAAGGCGACGUAGGUGCUGGACUGCAUUGAAGGAAUUAUCUCCUUGUGAUUAUUGCGUGAUUCAGCCAAAGGUGGUUAUGCAUUUGUGAUUUUUAAAAAUUAUAUGUGAAAGGUUAUUGCUCCUCACUCUUGCUAUUUUUUUCUGAUACAGUGCAUAGCAUCUUCAAACUCCUGCAAACCAAAGACUGGAUUACUCACUGCAAAUUGCUGACUUGUGACCUACAAGUAAUACACUGAUAAUAGCAUUGAAAUUCUUCCUUUGAAAUAAUAGGGUUUAAAUAACUAAACCAGGUCAAAAUGGAGGCAUUUGCUGUUAAAUUAUCAAGUUUAAAGAGUUUAAAUUUGAUCUAUGUUUUGACCACAGUGGUGUCAAACUAACAGCAGCAGAGAGUUGUGAGGGUGCUUAUCAUUUAGCUCGUCAGGGAUUUACUAUAAAGAAUAUGUAAUUCUUAGUGGCAAUCUUUAAGCUAUAGAAACUGCUGGUUAUCAUCCUUUCUUGGUGUACUGGUGUGCUGUUGUGCCAUUCCUGCCCAACUCUGGUGUUUGUGGGUGUAGUGAAUUAGCAUUUUUGAAAUUUGACACUGAAAGAUAACUUUUCUACUAGUUGACUUCCUUUUUAGGUAACAUAUUCUACCUUUGAGCUUUUUGGUAUGUUGUUUCUCUAGUUGGCUUUUUGUUCCCCUUUUGUUUUUAUAUACAUGUCAACAUUUGUUAUGCACUACUUUUGUAAAUCUUUUUUUUUCCCAACAGUUAAUAUUUUUAAGCUCACUUUUUCACUGGCAUCUCUUUUGCAAUACCUCGAUUUUUCAUAAUCUGAAAGAGAUUAAUAGUUUUUUCUAUGUUUGUUAUUCGAAGAUUUGCACAUAUAUCGUUAACUUAAUUGUGCAAAGAAAUGAGUUGAAGCAAUCAAUUUUGUUCCCAUUUUCUUUCCUUUUUUCUUUUAACAUUUGAAGGCAAAGAGAAUUUUGAAUAUCAUGAACAUUAGGGAUCAGCAAUGCUGUUGAUAAAACUGCAGAGUCUGAAAAACCAUAGUCAUCGAAAAUAUAAUCUCCCAGCUCCAGGUGUUGAUGUUCAUAAGUCUAAAGUAAUAAUACAGUAAAUAUUAGAACCUGGUUGCAAUAUCAGCCCUAUCCUCAUUGUUAAAUGUGGAUUCUAGUUUCUUCCAAUACUACACUGUAUUUUCAGUAAAUAUUCUUUUGAAAAUGAUCAUAUAGACUCCUUUUCACAGUUCCUGUAUCUAUGGUACAGUAGCUGACCUGGCACAAAGUUCAAUACAAAAGACACACAGAACAAUUAGCAGUAAACUUUGACACAUGGAUUCUUAGGUGUUUGAUGGUUAGAAAAAGAUUUACCGGUUUUUAAUAGACAAAACCAGGUUUAACUGCCAUCAAGUUACCUCAAUUCUAGAUAGUGUGCAAGGCUGAAACAAUUAAGAAAAUAAAAGCAUGCAUGUAAACAAAAAAAAUGUAAACUUCAAAACUAACUUGUUUAUUGUGUGUUGUAAAGUUGUUUACAAAGGUUAAAUUUCAUUUCUCACUUGCCCAUAGCAUGGCAAAUAUAUCCUCAUACACAGACCUCUGCAGAAUGCAUGAUUUUAAAUCUGAUCUUGUGGUUCAAGAAGGAAAGGAUUUUAUGAAUGCCAUUGGAAGGACUUGAUAAUUUAUUCUUUGUCUGAAUUUUUAAGAAUUUCUUACAAAGUUACAGAAGACUUGAAUGUGGUAAAUUGUGGAAAGUUAAUGUCAUAUUGUUAUGUGCAAUACUUUUUUUCUAACUUCUGAAAAAACUUUACAGUGUAAACCUUUAAUGCGAUUUUUUUUAAUUGCAAACAUUCAGAUUAAUAUGUUGUCCACAAUGUCAUUUUCUACUGUUAUUAUAUUCCCUUUUAUCUUACUGAUAUUUGUAAAUUCAGAAUAUGAUCUUUGUACUAAUAUAAAUAAUUGAAGUUAUUUUUAGAUAUGGACUAAAGGAAAAAUGUGCUUGUUUGCUUAUUUUUGUUACCUUACUUUAAAAAGUAGCAAAGACUACUUUUCUCAGCAGCAUUAUAAUAAUUGGGUCAAUAUCCUGUCCAGCAUUUUAUUUUUGGUAUUUUAAAUUGAAAUGUAUAAUUAGUUUUUUAUCAUUUGACCAUUCAGAUUUUUUAUGUUGUAAUAUUUUUGAUUGUGCAGCUUUUUUAAUAUUUUAAAAUGUCUACUUUUUAUUGAAAGCUUAAGUAUUCAACACUGUAUGGCAAAUAUUCAUAAAAAGAAUAGUUAUUUGUGGAAGUUGGCCAUCAGUGGUGUGUCUCUGUGGCUGAAUUCUUUGUGCUUUUCACUGUGUUUGGGGAGGUUGUAGUGAUGAUUAACAAUUUUAAAUAAAGGAAACUCAUUUUUAUUAAUAUUUGUUCACUUUUUGAGUUGAUAUUUUAUGUAUCCCCUCUACUAAAUUAUUUGGUGCAAAAAUGUCCCUUUGCAGCUUGUUUGUUGAAGUGGUAGUAAAACAUAAUGUUGUUAAAGUUUUAUGCCAACUAUUUAUAACACUCAGUAAUUUUAAAAUAUUUGUAAUGUGAAAUGUUGAAUGAUUAAAGUGUUUCAAUGUACUGUAAAUGUCUGAGCUUUAUACUAACACUGGUCUGCAAAUUAUUUUUUAUUUAUUUGUUUUGAACAGAUAGCUAACCAUUGCCUAUACUGCUUCUAUGUAUUGCAUCUUGAAAUGUACCCAAUACAGUAUUCAUGUUUUUAUUGAA